AUGUCUUCUCCCAAAAAGCCAACCUGGACGGGCAAGGCGAAAGCUACAGAAAGAGAUUUCAAUGAUCUCAAUCCAAUCAUCACCUAUCGCCACCUCUUUGCGCAGAAUCUUGGCGUAAGAGACCCAUUACGCGUUAUAGCGCUUUGCGACAGCGACGCGUUUUAUGCCGCAUGCGAGAUGGUGCGGCUUGAGGUCGACAAAGAGACUCCACUCGUCGUUCUUCAGUGGGAGGCUCUGAUUGCAGUAAAUUAUGCAGCACGGAAAUUCGGAAUAUCAAGGAUGGACAAGCUAAAGGACGCGCUAGAGCGGUGUCCUCAUUUGAAGGUCGUCCAUGUCGCAACUUACAAGGAGGGCGAGAAGGAACCAGGAUACUGGGAUAACGUCGAUACGAAUACACAUAAGGUGUCGUUGGACUAUUACCGGAGAGAAAGCGUGAAAAUUUCUAAACUGUUCAAGGAAUUGUUGGUUGAAUGCGAAGUCGAAAAAGCCUCCAUUGACGAGGCUUUCUUUGAUUUCUCCAAACCCGUGCGGGAGAUUUUACUCCAACGAUAUCCAUACCUGGCCACGGUUCCGCCAAACGCUCCUGACGGAGUUGAUACCCCCCUUCCACCCCCACCGCCUAUCCAUUGGGACGAUCUUGGCUGGGUCAUUCCUAUCAAUCCGCCCCCUCCAAGUGAACAGGUCGAAGAAGAAAACAAGGGUCAAGAGAAUGACAUAGAUCAGGAGAAGGACAAGGUCCAGGAGGAUGUGUCCUCGUCCUGGAAAGAUGAGGAAUCGAUACCGACGUGGCAUGACGUAGCUCUGUCAAUUGCAGCGGAGCUUAUGGGGAGCGCGAGAGCGCAAGUCUUGCAGAAAUUGGGAUAUAGCACCUCUGCAGGUAUCGCGAGAAACAAAUUCUUGGCAAAACUCACCGCGUCGUACAAGAAGCCCAACAGCCAGGCAGGUAGUAUUUUGCGGAAUGCAGCGAUACCUAAUUACUUGAAACCGAUCGCUUUCCGAAAGAUUCGCUUUCUUGGUGGCAAACUCGGAAAAGCUUUCGCCCAAGAGUAUGAUGCUUCCACCGUUACACCAUUAGACGACAUGCAAAAUAAGUUUGGCGAGGAAUCAAUUUGGGUAUAUGAGGUUCUUCGCGGUAUUGACAGAGCAGAAGUUAAGGAUAAAGGAUCUGUUCUCAAUAAGAGCAUGCUUGCGUCAAAGAAUCUUCCUAAACCAAUCAAGAACGCUUCUGAGGGACACCACUGGAUUCGAGUUCUCGCUGCUGAAUUAGCUCUGCGGCUCAACGAUGCUCGAAAGGAAUCUCCGAAUUUGUGGCCCAAGACUCUUGUACUUCAUGCCCGUAAAGGGUAUGAGGCUGGUCGUUCCAAGCAAGCGCCAUUCCCUUUCACGCGUGAAAUCACUGUAGACUAUAUUGCGACUCUUGGCGACAAGCUUUGGAAAGAACUUGUUGGCAACAAUGUGGCUAUGAAUGUAUCCAGUGUACAGCUGGCAUUCACUGGAAUAGAUGUCACUGAGGUGGGUCAGCAAAGCAUUGAGGGUUUUCUACAGAACAGCCGAGUGAAUAAGCGGUCAAGGGAAGAUGGCAUCAAUCCUGACCAGCAUUUUCAAUCUGACAACACAAGGGCUCCCGACGAUCAAUCAAACAUACGUCCUUCAUACACAUGUCCACGAUGUAGCAAGACAUAUCACCUCCCCGACGCUACGUCAGGUGUAGACUCGGAUGUGGCUCUCAAAGCACUUAGGAUGGAGCAUGAAGACUUUCAUUUCGCCCAAGAUUUGACGAGAGAGUCUGACCAGGUUCCUAUUGUCGUUGGUUCACCCAGGCCUCUGAACAAAAACAAGAAACAGCGAAAGGAACCAGUGGGAAUCGAAAAGUUUUUCGGUCGAAAAUAA